AUGCCUGCAUUAUCCAGUAUCCCUCUUAUACACAAUUUUGUUAAAUUAGUGGAAAGAGACAUUGACCUUUUGAGCACAGAUGAACCUUUGUCUGAUAACUUAACAAAAAAGCAGAGAACUGCACUAAAUGCUUUACAGAAGGAUACUGCAAUAACCAUUAAGCCAUCAGACAAAGGUGGUAAUAUUGUGGUCCUAAACACGAAGGACUAUGUUGAUGAAUGUCAAAGAUUGUUAAGAGACCACAAACAAUAUAGCACUCUACGUUUCAAUCCAACAGAAAUGUAUAAAGAAGAACUGUUUCAAAUCUUAAUAAAAGCUAAAGGUGAAGGCAUUAUAAAUCAAAGAGAAUUUGAUUUUCUUUUUGUAAAAUUUCCAAAAACAGCAACCUUCUACAGCCUACCAAAACUGCAUAAGAACAAGCUACCACCGCCAGGUCGCCCCAUUAUAUCGGGCAUGGGCUCAUUAACUGAGAAAAUUUCACAAUAUGUAGACUUUUGCCUUAGACCAUACUUACUAAAUCUCCCUUCCUACAUUAAAGAUACGUUAGAUGUACUGAAAAAACUGAAUGAUAUAACUGUAUCUACAAAUACCCUAUUGGUUGCAAUAGAUGUUGAGUCGCUCUAUUCGAGCAUCCCUCAUGACAAAGGGAUAGAGAAAAAUCAUCCCUCAAUACGAUCUGUCUGCCAAGCAAAUGGAAAAUGGUCAAACGUAGACUGGCAAUGCCAGCCUGUAGACUGUGGGCCGCCUGAAGACAUAGACAUGGGUACUGUGACUUUCAAUCAAACAACAUAUGACAUGACAAUCAAAUACAGCUGCAUCUCUGAAUAUUACAGAAUGAUCCUUGAUCAACCCGGGGAUGGAACCUAUCACUGCUCAUCUGAGGGAAUUUGGGUCGACAGUUUAGGGAGGGAAAAGCUCCCGAAGUGUGAAGCAGUUUGUGGUGUCGCCAGCAAUCCGCUGGUUUCCAUGUCAAGAAUAUUUGGUGGUUCCAAUGCUGCUCCCGGCAAUUUUCCAUGGAUGAUCAGAUUCCACAACCCAAAUUUUGGUGGUGGAGCCCUCAUAUCUGACCAGUGGAUCCUUACUGCUGCACAUGUAAUGCAGGAUAAUGACAACCCUAAAAUGUAUGGGGGGCUGAUUAAUCUUAGAAAACGGUAUAAACAUUUGUUGGAAGCUAAGAACGUCUUCAUUCACCCCCAUUUCAAUCUAAAUGCUGAAACAACAAAGAACUAUAACAAUGACAUUGCUCUGGUGCAACUGAUAAGAAAAGUCAAGAUGGGACCUUGUAUCUCCCCAAUCUGCCUGCCCCAGAAGGGGGCAUCAUCCUCUCUUCAGCCAGGCAAGAUUGGGUACAUUGCGGGCUGGGGAAUGACUGAAAGUUCAAACCAGGAUUGGGCUAGAGACCUGUUGUACGCUUCUAUACCUAUAAGCAGAUUAGACAAAUGUUCCUCAAUAAAAGAUGCUGUGCUCACUGAAAACAUGAUGUGCGCUGGGGAUUUAGGCAAAGACUCCUGUUCGGGGGACAGUGGGGGACCAUUUAUGUUUGAAGACCCACAAGACCCAAACAGGCAGUUUGUAGGUGGGAUUGUCUCAUGGGGACCUCCAAUUUGUGGAAACUUCGGAUUAUACACAAAGGUAGAAAACUAUCUGGACUGGAUUGAAGAAACAAUAAGGGAUAAUGAAGAUGAGGAGGAAAAUGAACCCUAUGAUGUGUGCGCCUGAGCGAAGAGGCAAAAUGCUGAGCUCCAUUUAGAUAUAUCCAUGUUAUUAGCUAUUAGUGCCAGAAGUGUGAUCAAGUAGCUUAGGUACAAUGACACCAGUUAAUCAGUUAGAUAUAUUGCACGCUUGUCUGCCAUGUUAUUAGCUAUUAGUGCCAGAAGUGUGAUCAAGUAGCUUAGACACAAUGACACCAGUUAGUCAGUUAGAUAUAUUGCACGCUUGUCUGCCAUG